UGCUAAGUCCUGUCCCUUUUAUAGGAGCCCUUGCAGAGGAAAAAGCUGACCCAUUGCCUGACGCCACCCGGCCUCUUAGCCCAGAAGGCGGUUCUGCUUUUGUAAGUCCUGGAGAGCCUCAGGAGCCGGUGCAGUACAAGACGGCAGAAAUUGCUGAUGCGAUGCUGGGUAGCGGGAUUCCUGCCGAUCGAUCUGUGGUGCUGUCAGUUAUUCCAGGAGAAGUGAAGGCCAAGCGCAUGUCUGAAUUUGGCAUUGGCACCUGCGAUGCAACAGCAGAAGAUGCUGAAUGUAGCACGGGGACUAGCCUUGCUUCUCACUUCUCACAACUUGGUUCACGUGUACAAGAACAAGCAGGGGACUCUCAUGUAGCGCUAGAAGCUGUGCCUACUUCACCAGCUGAGGAAUCUAAUAGCACUGACAGUGUGAAAUCUCCCAAAGUGAACUGUGAGGAAAGAAAUAUUACCGGGAUUGGAAACUUCACCCUGCAAAUCCUGAAUGUUUCACAAGACCUGAUGGAGUUUUUAAACCCAAACAGCAGUGACUGUACCUUAGUCUUAUUUUAUACACCCUGGUGUCGCUUCUCUGCCAAUCUGGCCCCUCAUUUUAAUACUUUGCCCCGAGCAUUUCCAGCUCUUAAUUUCCUGGCAUUGGAUGCAUCUCAGCAUAGCAGUUUAUCAACCAGAUUUGGAACUGUGGCUGUUCCUAAUAUACUUCUUUUCCAAGGAGCCAAACCCAUGGCCAGAUUUAAUCAUACAGACCGAACCCUGGAAACAUUGAAAGCAUUCAUUUUUAAUCAGACAGGAAUAGAAGCGAAGAAUGAUGUGGUGAUAACUGAGGAAGAUCGAGUGGGCCCUCUACCCAGCAUCCUGACAAAAGGAAUAGAUUGGUUACUUUUAUUCUCUUUAUUGUUUCUGGCUAGUUUUAUUAUGUAUGCUACAAUUCGGACUGAGAGCAUUCGUUGGCUAAUACCAGGACAAGAGCAGGAGCAUCAGGAAUAAGUUGAGAUAAUGACAUGAGAACAUAUUUCAUGCCUACAGAUAAAGCAGAAAUUUAGAUGAAGUGAAAUUGCAUAAGCUUCUACAGUGAAAUAGCUGGUUGUAAUUUACUAGUAAUUAGUUAAAAACAGUUUUGUUCAUUAACUACUAUAUCUGUUAAGCCGAACUGCUGGUAAUUAAGCAAACAAAUACAAAAAGAUUCCACAGAAGGAUUUUUAUUUAUUUAGGAAGUAAUAACAGGUUUACAAAUGCUUGAUAUGUAAAUAUCAGAAAUCAAUAAUUAUUAUGAAGAUUGUUUUAAUAAACUGAUAUAAUUCUCUCUCUUAGGGAAAAUGUUAAUUUAUUGCAAAAUUUUACUUUGAACUUGUAAUAAUCAGUAGUAUUAUACAGUAGGAUCUUGAAAUAUUGCAGAUGAUCUUUCUAGGGAAAGUAAGAGUUCUACAGCCAGUGGUGGUACUUUGGCAGCAGUAAAAUACAACCACUUCCACUAUUUUGGAAUUGAGGGAUCUCGAAAAGGAAAAACACAUUUAAAGCUCAAGACCCAUGGCUGUACAAAUUAAAACAACAUACAUGAAUAAAUGCCAUGUACUGUAUUGUAUAAAAUUACCAGAAAUUACUAGCUAUAGGUGUAACCUACAUGGAAGAUGUCCAUGUUUUGGCUUCUUCCUCACUGCAAUAAUAAAAGGUUAAAGGGUAGUGUAUGACCUUCAGUAAAGGUAUUCAGCAUUUUUAAACAGAGGUCACCAAGACAGUUCAAAUUGGUGUUUUUCACCAAGGGGAGAUUCUGUCACUCAAAUGGAAAAAAUUACAGCAGAACCUCAUAAUUACAAACACCAGAGUUUACGACCAAUCAACCAUAUACCACCUCAUUUUGAACAAGAAGUAUGCAAUCAAGCAGCAGAGACAAAAAAAAA